ACCAUUUACAGCUCUCUCUGAUCACUGGUUGGAGCUUCUUGGGAGCAUCAAUGGCUGUUUUCAUGGCGGUUUUUGGUGUGGUUCUUAUUGGGCUCUGUAUUUGCACUGCUUUGUUGAGAUGGAAUGAGGUGAGGUACAGGAAGAAAGGAUUGCCCCCAGGUACAAUGGGUUGGCCAGUCUUUGGGGAGACCACUGAGUUUCUUAAGCAAGGCCCAAGCUUCAUGAAAAACCAGAGAGCAAGGUAUGGAAAAUUUUUCAAAUCCCAUUUAUUGGGUUGUCCUACCACAGUCUCCAUGGAUCCAGAGCUCAACAGAUACAUCCUAAUGAAUGAAGCAAAAGGCCUGGUUCCUGGCUACCCACAGUCCAUGUUAGAUAUCCUGGGAAAAUGCAACAUUGCAGCUGUCCAUGGCUCCACUCACAAGUACAUGAGAGGGGCACUUCUAGCUCUCAUUAGCCCCACCAUGAUAAGAGGCCAGCUUUUACCAAAGAUAGAUGAGUUCAUGAGAUCCCAUCUGAACAAAUGGGAUACCAAAAUCAUCAACAUCCAGGAGAAAACCAAAGAGAUGGCACUUCUCUCUUCUCUCAAGCAGAUUGCCGGUAUUGAAUCCGGCACAAUAUCUAAGGAGUUUAUGCCAGAGUUUUUCAAGCUGGUGUUGGGAACCAUUUCUCUGCCUAUUGACCUUCCUGGCACAAAUUACCGCCGCGGGUUCCAAGCAAGGAAGAAUAUUGUUGGCAUGUUGAGACAACUCAUAGAGGAGAGAAAAGCUUCCCAGGAAACCCACAAUGACAUGCUUGGUUGCCUAAUGAGAACUAAUGAAAAUCGAUAUAAACUAAGCGAUGAAGAGAUAAUUGAUCUCAUAAUCACAAUUCUGUAUUCGGGUUACGAGACUGUUUCCACCACUUCCAUGAUGGCUGUCAAGUAUCUCCAUGACCACCCAAGAGUUCUUGAUGAACUCAGAAAAGAACAUUUGGCAAUCAGGGAAAGGAAAAGGCCAGAGGAUCCCAUUGACUGGAAUGACUACAAGUUGAUGCGCUUCACCCGAGCUGUGAUCUUUGAGACCUCCAGACUGGCUACAAUUGUUAAUGGGGUUUUGAGGAAAACCACCAAAGACAUGGAACUGAAUGGAUUUGUGAUUCCAAAAGGCUGGAGAAUAUAUGUUUAUACCAGGGAGAUCAACUAUGACCCCUUGCUAUACCCCGACCCGUUAGCUUUCAACCCUUGGAGAUGGCUGGACAAGAGCUUAGAGUCCCAAAACUACUUCCUACUAUUUGGAGGAGGCACCAGGCAGUGUCCCGGAAAGGAACUGGGAAUAGCUGAAAUUUCUACAUUCCUUCACUACUUUGUAACAAGAUACAGAUGGGAAGAAGUUGGGGGAGAUAAGCUAAUGAAGUUUCCAAGAGUUGAAGCACCAAAUGGACUACACAUUAGGGUCUCAGCUUACUGACUAACCUAUGUAUGUACAGAAGAAAAAUAUAGAGCAUGUGAAAGCAAUAUGGAUGUACAAUAAUUUUCUAACAUAUUAGAAACUUAAAUGGAUCUAGAUUUUCCAUUA